GCUGGUAGAUAUGGAUAUGGUACCAGAUAUGAUAUUAAAUUUAUAUAUUUAGAAACAAGUGUGGCAGUUUGUUGCUUGUCGUAGAUGGGUGAUGAUAGUAGUGACUUGCUGGUAUACAACCCUCUUUGUGAAUGGUUUUGUACAUGGUGGUGAAGGCGAGCCCUUUACCGCACAACCGAAAAAGUUGACGCACCUACUUCAUUCCACUCAAGGAAGCAUCCCGUCAUCCAACAGCUGUCUUUUCGCGUCAGGCAAGGCGCCGGUUGUCGGCACCACUGGUCUUACCAGCACAUUAGGCUGUGAUUUCACAGCAGCAGCGACUUGACAGGUGUCAAGGCGUUCCAAAGAUUGUUGCGUCUGAUUGAUCAAACUACCUACCUUCUCACUACGCCAGCGAGGCCGUAAAACGACAGCUUGCUUGCCACCGCACU